AUGAAGAAAUUUGGCAAUGUCUAUCUUAUUGCGGCGAUUAGUAUUAUCGGCGGCGGGCUCUUUGGUUUCGACAUUUCUUCCAUGUCGGCCAUUAUAGCUACGAAGCCAUAUCUUUGCUAUUUCCACGAAGGCCCGGGCGAGUGCAAAGGACCUCGCAGCUCUACUCAAGGUGGAAUCACUGCUUCGAUGGCUGCUGGAUCAUGGCUUGCUUCUCUCAUGUCUGGUUUCCUCGCCGAUGGUCUUGGACGUAAAAGAGCAAUCAUGGUCGGGUCUGUCAUUUGGGUAAUCGGCUGUGUCAUCGUUUGUGCUGCUCAGAACAUCCCUAUGCUGAUUGUUGGUCGUAUCAUCAACGGCUUCUGUGUGGGAAUCUGUUCCGCACAAGUCCCCGUCUAUAUCAGCGAGAUUGCUCCAMCUUCGAAGCGUGGUCGUCUUGUUGGAGCUCAGCAGUGGGCCAUUACAUGGGGCAUCAUGAUCAUGUUCUAUAUUUCUUACGCCUGCUCUUUCCUCGACGGAACCUCCGCUUUCCGUAUCCCCUGGGCACUCCAGAUGAUUCCUGCUAUCAUCCUCUUCUUCGGAAUGAUGGUGCUUCCUGAGACACCCCGUUGGCUAGCUUCCAAAGACCGCUGGGAGGAGUGCGAGCAAGUACUCGUGCUAACACAAGGACAUGGAGAUCCCCACAGCCCCUGGGUAGCUCGUGAACUCCAGGAGAUUCACGAGUGGGUCGAGAUCGAACGUCAAAGUAAACAAGCUUCAUAUCUGGAACUCUUCAGCCCUCGAUACAUCAACAGGACUCACAUCGGCCUAUUCACUCAAAUCUGGUCUCAACUGACUGGAAUGAAUGUGAUGAUGUACUACAUCACCUACGUCUUCGCCAUGGCGGAUCUCACAGGCAACACGCUCCUGGUCUCUUCCUCGAUCCAAUACGUUAUUAACGUUGUCAUGACCGUCCCAGGUCUCCUCCUCGUUGAUCGCGUAGGACGCCGUCCAAUGCUUCUCACUGGAUCCACUUUAAUGGCCAUUUGGCUCUUCACCAAUGCAGGACUUUUAGCUGGAUAUGGUACGGAUCCUGGUCCGGACGGUGUUGGUGGGAUCAAGGAAGCUUCUGUGAGAGUAACCGGACCACCUUCUAAAGCUGUCAUUGCUUGCAGCUACUUAUUCGUUGCAUCCUACGCUCCUACGUGGGGACCGGUCAGCUGGAUCUAUCCUCCUGAACUCUUCCCCAACCACCUGCGAGGAAAAGCAAACGCCCUGGCAACAAGUGGAAACUGGGCCUUCAACUUUGCUCUGGGCUACUUUGUCCCUCCAGCUUUCGUGACCAUCAAAUGGAAAACGUACCUCGUCUUCGCCAUCUUCUGCGUGACUAUGACCAUCCACGUCUUCUUCAUGUUCCCCGAAACAGCCGGAAAACCUCUAGAAGAAGUCACAGACAUGUUUGAGGAUCCCAAGGGGAUCAAAUAUAUUGGUACUCCAGCAUGGAAGACGAAGAAUUAUACUAGUACUGCCAAGAAGCUAGAGAGGGGAGAGGGAUUGGAGAAGAAGAUGGAUGAUGAGACUUCUCCUGAGCGGGUGGAGCGUGUUGAAACAGGUGGUAAGAUGGAUGUGUAG